AUGCAAGAAGUGGAAGUUGCAGCAAGAGAUGUUUUCAUUCAUUACAUAAAUGUUCAAAAGGACAAAACUAUUUUAUGGUCGUUUACAACAAAAAGAAAGAAUAUCUCUUUUGGUUUAUAUCAACGAAAAGGUCAUAAUAUUUCUACAUCAACUAACUCACACAUCACUACAGCCAACAACAUCGCAACAGUUGCUAAUCUUAAUCUUAAUACUACUCUUGCUAAUAGCAUCAAAAAUAAUACUACCGGAGCCACACCUACGACUUCUACAAUAAAAGAAGACGGAGGGGGAAGUGGUGGUAUUGGUCAUAAUAGCGGUUAUGGGAUACCUAAUUCAGCAAGACCCAGUCUAAAAAGUAACAUAAGUAUAACAUCUGUUGAUACCAAUGACACUGAAGAUACCAGCGACUCUUCCCAAAAAGACAAUAACAACAGCGCUGAGUGGACCAAUUCCACCUCUACUUUAAACCCACUUCAUUCUCCUUCUACGCCUGGUGCUGCUAUUAAUGGUGGUGUUAAUGCAUUCCGUGGUCGAAAAAAAUCUGUUUCUUUGCAAAUAAUUAAAGAUCCGGGUUUGAAAGAAAUUUUACCAAUUGAACAUUAUAAUUCUGCUACUGCAACCAUAAAAGGCAGUUAUAAAGUUCAAGAUGAAGGAAUUUAUUGUUUGGUUUUUGUAAAAGAAGGCUCAGAUGAUGAUCAAGAUAAACCUUUACCUGAAACUUCUGGUUGGAUGUUAAAGAAAAAAAGAAAGAAAAUACAAGAUAUCCAUAAAGAGCAACUAAAUCUCCAAAAAAACAUUCAAAAAUUAGAUAAAGUGGUAGAAACAUUUAGUUCUGACUCGUCAUCAGAAAUAGAUGUUAAUAAUUACGAAAUGGAGGAAUGA